AUGGACAAUCAGGACAAGCCCUCGAGGGAGAGCUUGGACAGUCUGGCUCUGGCCAGGCAGCACGUCCGCGCCCUCACUGACGGCGGGGUGUCGCGCCAGGCCUUGCUCCGCGCCCUCCUCGAGCAGGAAGAGGCCAACAAUGAGCUCCCGGCCUUGCCUUCCCUUCCUUCUCAGUCCUCGCCUCAAGCUAAGCCGAAGUCGAAUCCAAUCUCGAGGACAUUGUCCCUUUCUCAGGCAAAGUCCAAGAAAUCUCACUGGUCCAUCUCUGCAAGUCGUAUGUCGCCCGGUCAUCCCGUCAUCCCCGUCGCAGCCCAAUCCCGUCGCCCACAAGAGGGAGAGGACCGACCUCGCAGUUCUGAUCAGCUCUCAACGUCGACUGCAAACUCGGGGUCGAGGAACAGCCUUUUGUCCACCGAGACGUCACUGUCCUCGAGGUCGAGUACGAUCACGCAGUUCCCCGGCACCGAGCUUCCCGGCAAUAGGCCUACUUCGGCAAGUACCAGGGCCUACUGGUGCACAUCAUGUGACACCGAGUUCAAACGGAAGUUUGACUGGAAGAGACACGAGGAUGAGUUCCACGAGCGUUACAAGAAGUACCCGUGUCCCGACUGCAAUCGCGUCUUCUGGGGCGCCAACACCUUCAAUCAGCACCACAAGACACGUCAUAACUGCAAGACAUGCCCACAUGCCGACAAGGUGAUCAAGUACACCCGGAAGAAGCGUGCAUGGGCUUGUGGUUUCUGCGCCGCCUUCCUGCCGUCUAUGGACCGGUACAUUGACCAUAUUGGACUACACUACGAGGCAGGGAGGACUAGGGCUCACUGGUAUCAUUCUAACGUCAUCUAUGGCCUGCUACACCAGCCUGGUGUGAACGCGGCAUGGAAACAGAUCAUAGGUGCUCGAUUCAGCCAUAUCCCCAAAGACGAACAACCUCGUUACGGGUGGGAAAUCAAAACGACAGGGAGGAAGCAAGGAUUUUUAGAGAACGAGACAGCAGGGAACUUGCAAGACCUCCUCGAGUUCUUCAAUCCGACAAAGGAUGAUCCCGCCAAGGUCGCCCGGCUAGCGUUCGAGAUGGCAGAGCUGACACCGGCGAACCAGUCCCCGGCCAAGGCAAGCCCUGACGACAAGUCGCAAGCUCCGCCGCCGCCGCCGCCGCCGGCGCCGAAGAGGGAGAAGUCUUCGAAGAGGAGCCACAGCGGGACACAGAAAGAGCUGUUGCCUCCCCCGCCAUCCAUGAAGGAGAGGCCUCUUACCCAGUGGCCGACCAACUACGCGUCAUCCGAUGUCCACGAACUACCCGCCUCCGAGCCCAGUAUUCAUAGCGCCGAGCUCGAUUUCGACUCGACCGCACUGCCGCAGCCGCUCUUCGUCAACGGCACUUCUCUCUCACCGCCACCAACGCAGACGCAGUUCGCCCAUGCCCCAGCCCCGAGCAUCGCCAUUUCUACCGCCUCCGAUCCUCCUUAUGUUACGCCUACCACGCCAUUCCCCGGGCUACCUCGUGAUACUGUGGUCGAGCUUCUGAACGACUACAUGGUCCAGGACCACAUGCAGCCGGGAAAUUCAGUCAACAUGCCCGACAUGCCUGACAUGUCGGAUAUGCACUCACUCCACAAUCCUCCUCCGUUUGGUAGCUAUGACGACUGGAACUCGAUAUGCUCAACCAUGGUCGACGACUUGGCUUCACCGAGAGGCCCCCCACUGCCUCUGGCACCCCACGAGCAGUGCCAGCCACAAACCCAGCACCCUGUCCGCCGCUCAGAUGUGUGGGCUGCCACGGGAGACAACACAGAGUCGAUUUACAUGGAAGACGUGCAGGCAUGCGAUAUCAGGAUGCAACAGAUGCCGACGCCCUCCAUGCAAGAGAACAACGUCAGGCGGUCUGAUGUCUGGGCUGCGUCGGGCCCACCGGAUUACGAGGGCAUGGGGUACGAGAAUGAAGUCGCGCCACCCCCGCCACACACCAACUGGCUGUGA